GCAGGGACUAGGGGAACGAAAGGAGGUGUAAAUAGAAUACGAAAGCUCUUGGUCUCUCUCUCUCCCCACUCUCUCCUCUCUUUUAGUAAAUGAAUGGAUUAAUGAUUAAUUAGCACAUAAAUAGGCUACACGGAAUCACGCCUCCACCGGGACAAGAAAGCCUGCUCCAAGCUUUUGAUAUUCGUUUUAGCCCAAUGAAACAUAUGUAUAUUUAUUCAUGUACAUAUUUGCAUUGGUAGGACUACAAGCAGGACCAGCAAGGCUUUUUAGACUUUUUUUUUAAAUCAAUAGGCUACUUCGUUCGGAAGCUUCUAUACAACGGCCACCAAGAUUGCGCUGCUGCUACCGCCGCUGUUAUCACAACUCAUUGCCGGUCCGAAGAUGGCAACUUUAACAAAUGGACAGGUGGACGGCACAAACGGGCUAGUGAACGGAUUAAGCCACAGCCACAGUUCAGCGGGCUGCGGGGGCACCAUCCCCAUGAAGGACCACGACGCCAUUAAACUGUUCAUCGGGCAAAUACCGCGCAACCUGGACGAGAAGGACCUCAGGCCGCUCUUCGAGGAGUUCGGCAAGAUCUACGAGCUCACGGUGCUCAAGGACCGCUUUACGGGCAUGCACAAAGGCUGUGCCUUCCUUACCUACUGUACCAGAGAGUCGGCCCUGAAAGCUCAGAAUGCCCUCCACGAGCAGAAGACCCUGCCAGGGUUCUCUGCUGCCAAUGACUGA